AUGUUGAAAACUACAGUUCUGCUGAGAAAAUUGACGCCAGUCAGUAAAAACCUGCGCUUCGCCGCCAUGUCCCAAAUAAACAAGCCUCCUGAAGAACUUGAAGAAAUUCGGGCCAAACUGGAGGAACUGACGGAGAGCUUGCCAGAACAUUCGGCGCCUCUUCAGAGAGUGACGAGUGAGCAGAAGAAGUUCCUGCUGAAGAGGCUCCUUCGCAGAGAAAAAUUAAUUAAGGUGUGCAAAUAUUGAGAAAAAUUCAAAUAAUCGAAUAAAAAGGCGCACGUUUUUGUGAAAUUAUCACCUUGGAUAAGGGAGUUCAGUUUCAAAGUUCGGUAAUUUUCGUAACUUAGCUGAAUAAUUUAAGCUUCAAUUUUAAUUUUUUGUCUCAUCGACCAUCAUUUGUAAGAGAAUCAACAACUUUUUCCAGAUUGAACACGAAAAAGGCUUCCCUCCAAUUUACGACAUGUUCAUGAGGCAUCACACUUAUCUUCGCAUUUCCCUUACUGAAAAGUGUAAUUUUCGUUGUGAGAUCAUAUUUUUUGGCUUUCAAAUUCUUUCUGAACAUUUUGAGGUGUUUAUUGUAUGCCAGAAGAAGGAGUCCAGCUCAGCCCAAAGGACAAUUUGCUGACAAACGACGAAAUUUUGCGAAUGGUGCGACUUUUUGCGGCACAUGGUGUGGAUAAAGUCAGACUCACUGGAGGUGAACCAACUAUCCGCAAAGACAUUGUCGAGAUUGUUGGUGAGUGAUAUUCAUUUUUAUUUUUUGAUGUUUCUCUUGAAAACAGCGGGAAUCAACUCCGUCCCUGGGAUAAAGGACAUUGGAAUGACGACUAAUGGAGCGGUUUUGGAGAAACAUUUGAAACCAUUGGUCGAUGCUGGCUUAAGCAAGGUGAAGCUCAUCAUCUGAUGACGGGAUCAACUGAAAGUUAAGAUAAACAUCAGCAUCGAUUCCUUGAACAAAGCCAAGUUUGAACUGAUGACGCGGAGAAAUGCUUUUGACCGAGUUUGGAGUGCAAUUGAAGCGGCUCGGAAGCUUCUUCCGAAAGUCAAGGUGGGUAAAUAUGAUUUGAAAGUAGUUUUUUAAAAGUUUAUUUCAGCUGAACACUGUUGUGAUGAACGGAAAAAAUGAAGAGGAGAUUCUGGACUUUGUGGCAGUCACGAAGGAUAAGGUAAAACCUCAACCAUUUUGCGAAAUGGCUCUUUUUUGGGUAAAAACCUACUCUAAAAAAAAGUUUUAGCUCAGUAAAGGCAUGAAUGAAAAAAAUUUCAUUGAAAAAAACCUUGAUUACCGUCCGAAUGAAAGAAAUUUGCUAUUUUGAUUUUUAAUCAUCUUUUAAAAAGUGGCGUAACUUAGUUUAUAGCUAUUCUUCCAGUGAAAGAACGUCUCAAAAUGUGAAAACCCUAAAAAUCCUCAAAUUUUGAAACUUGAGAAAAAAAACAAGACAUUUUCGUCUAUUGGUCGUUGAAAACUGAAAAAAAUUUCAGUUACAUUUUCUUAAAAACUCAGUCGAAGUGCACUUAUUAGAACUGCAGGGCUCUAAACUUCUAAUUCAGAAUCUCGACAUCCGCUUCAUUGAGUACAUGCCUUUCGGAGGCAAUAAAUUCUCCAACAACAAGUUCUACAGCUAUCACGCAAUGUUGGAGCAAAUCAUACGAAAAUAUGGUGACAGUGUGAAAAGACUGAGAGAUUCUCCUAAUGACACUACAAAGGUAUAAUUAAUCAAAUUUCUUCUGAACAAAUAAAUUUCUUAGGCGUACAAAAUAGACGGAUACGAAGGUCAAUUUGGUUUUAUCACUUCGAUGACUGAUCAUUUUUGCAAUACGUGUAAUCGGAUGCGUAUCACGGCUGAUGGCAACUUAAAGGUUACAAAAUUUUCUCUGGCUUUUUAGAACAUGUAUAGCUUUUCUGUAAUUUUUUUCAAUAACAACCAAAAAAAUUAUUGUUACGAGUUCAUGCUAUGAAAAUGUGUCCGAAAAUGAAACGAAAAAAUGAAGCUUUUUUUUCAUGAAUGGCUACUACAGUUUGUCAAGGGGUUAAAGAAAUGUGAAAAACUAACGAAACUCGAAAAAAUAAUAGUAAUAAGACAUUUUCCUUUUAGAAAUUCAUCAAAAAAUUUUCUUAAGCAUUUUCGAGCCAGAAAAAACUAAGUAACUAUAUUCUACAAAAAAAAGCUUUUUUUUAUUCUCAGGUAUGUCUUCACGGAAACGCCGAAACAAACCUUCGCGAUAUGAUGCGAGCAGGAGCUUCAGAUGAAGAACUUUCCGACAUCAUCCAAAAAUCGGUCAACAAUAAAAAAGCCCGCCAUGCAGGUAAUAUCGGGUUCUGCUUUGGUUCUUUCCUUGCAUGCUUUCUGGGUUCUAUCUCCUGGUUCGAAUCCUGUCAUUUUCAGAUUUCAGGCAUGAACAAUUUGAAGAAUUUGCCAAACCGUCCUAUGAUCCUCAUCGGAGGGUGAAGAAAGGUGGUUUUGAAUAUUUGCUUUUAUUUUUGGAAGGAAGUCACUAGUUUAUCAUAAAUACGAUUCAAGAUAUGUUUUUCUCUAAUAUUCAGUUCGACGUUUUUUGAAUUGCCUUCUUUUUAAGGGUUGUAACAAGGAAACUUCAGGUUCUUCUUUGCCAUCAGCCUCAAAAAUUCAAGCAUUCCUGUCUGCCUCUUCUCCCAAACACUCCUUUCUACAAAAUAGAUUUUUCUCUAGUGAUGGUCGGUUAUAUAGUUUUAUUCCUGUUUGAAAUGUUUUUUUAUCUUAAGAUUUUAACCGUUUAACGCAUGUUGAUAUUGAUGGAAAAGUCAAACAAGUCGAUGUCUCUACUAAACAACCAACCGCUCGUCUGGCCGUCGCCCAAGGAACUUUAGUUGUAAGAUUUUUGAUCUUCUGGAUAGAAAGCUUGCUUGGAAAAUUAUGGGGACCGUACAAUCAAGAAAAAUUUGAUUUUUCAAUGGGAAAAUGUAAAAUAAUGAUUUUUUUGGUUUGCGAAGAUUAGUCCUGAACCUAUGAAAAACCAGAAAGCGCUUUCGAAAAAAAUUAAUUUCUUCACAAAAAAUGAAUGAAAAUAUAUUUUUCAGUUGCCAAAAGAAGUCUCAAUUCAAAUCGCUCAAAAUACCAUCAAAAAAGGAGAUGUUCUGACUGUAGCUCAAGUGAGUGGCCAAAACUUCAUUUUUAUCCAAAUACAUCAUUUUUGAAGAUCGCAAGCAUAAUGGGAGCCAAACAAACUUCAAACCUCAUUCCUUUGUGUCAUCAUAUCCCAUUGGCUUAUGUCGAUACUCGCUUCAAACACGACCAGGUAAGAGAAAAAAAUGAAAAAAACUUCAACCUGAAAACAAGAACUCAAGAACCGGAUUCAGUUCUAAAAACUAAAUUUCUUAGAAACUUUGCUUGGUUCCAAAUCUACAGAUAUGUAGUUAAUUUCAAAAUAAUGGAAGACCACUUUAAUAAAAUUUAAAAAAAAAAGCAAAUUAGUCGAUAGAGUGUGCAAUGCCGCUUUUUUGGCCGCGGUGUCUGCAGAAAUGCAAAUUAUCGUAUCCCUCCAGAGUUUGAGAAAAUGUUUGAAAAUGAAAAUUUAUCUUUAUUAAACUAUUGAAUUCAGGAAAAAUGACAAAUAGAUGCUUUGAAACAUUCAUAGAAUUAUGAAAAAGGAAACGUGAUUUAUAAUAAAAAAUAAGGAACUAGAGGUUAUUUCUAUUAUAUUUUAAUAACCAAAACCUCGUUUUUAUCAUUUGCUUUUUCUGAAUAGCUUUUUGGAAUCAGUUAUCUUCAGGGUUCUUUCCCCACUAAAGCUUUAUUUUUUGUUUUAUUAUAUUUUGAAACCUGAAAUUCUAAAAUUUAUUGAGCUUUGAACAGUUAAUUCACGUCAAAAGAAGCUUUUUACAUUUUUUAUCCUCUGACUCCAGGGUUCUUAGAUGUUCAGCGAAAUUUUAAUACUUGCAAAUUUUUUCUUUAUUCAAAAAAUGUUCACUGAAGUUUUGAAGAGCAGUACUUUCAAAAAAAUUUUGUAGAAGUGGAGACCUGUGGGAUAUUUCCUCAGUACUGGAAAACGUGCUUUUUCAAUUUUCAACCGUUUUUUAUCACAAUUGUAAUUAAUCCCGGAUUAAAUUGAAUUUAAUAUUCAAGUAUUCUAAUAUAAAGAUGAUUUCGCAGGAAAAGUAUCUACUUCACGCUCGCUCUUCUACUCGUUGCAUUGCAAAUACCGGGGUCGAAAUGGAGGCUCUCAUGGCUUGCACGGUAACUAUUUCAUUUCAUUUCAGAAAACGAUAAGACUAGGUACGGAAAAUGUCUCGAUCACAACUCUCGUGUAUGGAGUUUAAUCUUUUGAAACCUCUUGGGUUUUGAUGACUGUUAUUUGUGAGACUCUGGUUGAUUUUCACUCCGCAGAAAAAAAAACGCAGUUUUAUGGAGUUACAAAAAUAUUGAGCUCCGUACAGGGAAUCUGUUUUUGUUGUAUCUUUUCUGACGUUACUAUGUGCACGGGUCAAUUGGGAGUAAGAUACAAGUAGCUAAAGUCAAUUGGUGUAUGCUGAUCGGUCGACGUUCAUCAGCUACCGGGUACGAUUUUUAUGGUACCUCGGUGCCUAAAGUUUGGAAUCGCUACUGUCUGCGCUUGUUUAGAAAACCGUUCUUCUAAGGUAUUUUUGGCUGACGCUGAAAAAAACUACUACUCAAGAAGCAUUGCCAGACUGUCUAGUAGCAAUCACAAGUGUCACUUUUAUUCAGGUACCAUGAUUAUAGUAAACUACCAUCGAUUGUGAUUGUCGAAACCCUCAACUUCCUGAAGUUACUGUUCGAAAAAGAACAAGAUUAUUUACGAGUCAUUCUUGGUCAACGCGUUCACGCAAACCGAUGACCAACUUUUGAUUUAUUUCAUGAUUCUUCACUGAAGACUGAAUAAACUUUUAAACUUAUGAACUAGACCUCUGAUGUAGCUACCCGGUGGCUUCUUGUCCUCUCGGACUUUGGUAACGCGAACGGGACGCGAAUCGGACGGCUCGGUGCAUUUCUAGUGACCACUUUAGUAGCCUCAGCCCUCUUAAGUGAUCCCUAGAAUUGCACAGAAACGUCCGGAGCACAUCCGUUUUGCGUUAACAUUGUCCGAGCUCCUACUUGUUCACCUUCGUAUGCUCAGAUUGCUCUGCUGACCGUCUACGACAUGUGCAAGGCGAUUUCUCAAGAGAUGCGAAUGACUGACGUUCGUCUCAUCCAUAAGAUUGGUGGCGAAACAAACUACUUGGGCGAUCGGUCUCUCUACAACUUUGAAGAGGAUCGAUAA